AUGUCUACACAAGACCAUAGCUCACAUCUUCUCUCAUACAUAACACUACCUAAUGUCAUUCUAGCACUCGUAGCAUAUACUGCUGUCACAAUACUCUACCAGAUAACCUAUUACCGGUUUUUCCACCCGUUACGGCACUUUCCUGGUCCCUUUUGGGCCAGCGUAACGCGUCUAUGGAUAGCUUACCACAAUAUCAAAGCUGAUGAAUGCGAGCUCGAACUCGCCUUGCACCGCAAAUAUGGCCCGGUUCUGCGAAUCACGCCUACCCUACUCUUGGUUUCCGACGCCACCAAGUUACCUGAAGUGUACAAUCGGCAAUCGAACAAGUCAAACCACUACAUUACCGGCAGUUUUGGGAAGACUGAAAGUCUGUUUAACAUGCGCGAACAUAAGCAUCAUGCGCAUUUUCGCAAGAUCGCUGCUGGCCCUUACAGCUUUAGCAAUGUGAAGAAAAUGGAGGGGCUAGUAGAUGUUCGCAUUGAGCAGUGGAUCGAUAAAUUGGAGGAACUCUUCGGUAAUGGCAAGAAGUUUGACUUUGCGCCUUGGGCAGUGUACAUGGCAUACGACAUCAUAUCAGAAAUCGGCUUUGGCGCCCCUAUUGGUUUCAUAGAGACCGGCUCAGAUAUCGACGGCCUGAUCAAGGGCUUCCACGAUGGCCUGCUUCCCUUCGGUCUCAUGGCUCGGCUUUGGCCCUUUACACAGUGGGCAAAAGCGACAUGGCUCGGCGAGAGAUAUCUUGUCGCUAAGCCUGAGGAUGAUUCUGGCAUCGGCACACUCAUGCGCUUUCGUGAUAAGCUCAUCGCACAGCGACUUAAAGAUAUCGAGGCCGGUAAGAUUGAGAGAGUCGAUCUGCUACAGACUUUCCUGGACGCGAAGACGGAAGACGGUGCGCCGCUACAGCUGGAUUAUAUCAAGGCUGAAAUCCUUCUAGUGUUGCUUGCCGGUGCUGAUACCACAGGCACUGCGUUUCAAGCGAUGAUUGCAUACAUCACUUCUGAUGCUCAAGUAUACACCAAGUUGAUGGAGGAGAUUGAUCGCGUCACUCGUGAGGGAAAAUUGAGUCCCAUGCCACGGUACGACGAAGUAGUUGAGCAUUGCCCAUACUAUGUCGCGUGCGUCAAGGAAAGCAUGCGUCUCUGUCCCUCCGCUCCCAACAUCUUCCCUCGUCUCGUUGGGCCAUCGGGUAUGCACCUACAUAAUCGUUACGCUCCACCGGGGACCGAAAUAACUUGUAACCCCUGGCUCGUGCACCGCGACGAGAAGAUCUACGGCACAGAUGCCUGCGACUUCCGUCCGGACCGCUGGCUCGAGAGCGAUGAAAAAGCAAAAGAAUACAACAAGUAUAACAUGACCUUUGGUUAUGGUGCAAGAGUUUGUCUGGGUAAAGAUAUUGCUCUUAUGGAGUUGUACAAGGCCCCGCUCCAAUUUCUGAGGACGUUCAAGAUUAACAUGGAUAAAGAUCGAAAGGGCAAGUUUGUUGUCAAGGGUGGUGUCGGUUUUUGGGAGGAUAUGUGGAUUGGAAUACAGCGACGGACAACAUGA